UUGCAUUUGUCAAAGUAAUACACGGAGCCAGGUUUUACAGUUCGUUCUCAAAGUGCUAUUUUGUUUUUAAUGUCACAAGUGUGAAUCAAUUUUUUUUCUAAAUAAUUACAAAGUGUUCCAAUUCAAUAGUAGAUUUAGCGUAUUUUACGCACAUAUUUCGGCGCACACAUUUUUAUGUAAUAAAGCGAGUUUAAACACCAACCUGUACAACUAUAGGUGGUAGCUUUCCCAACAACCGCGAUAGUUAUAUUUCAAUCAUCAUGUCUUCAAUGGAAAAAAUAAAGCAAAGACUUAUGCAUUUUUGUAUAGCAAUUACAUUCUUUACAUCGGGACUAAUUAUAAAUGCUAUUCAAUUAGUACUGCAUCUUACUCUAAAACCUUUUAACAAAUGGCUCUUCCGAAGAAUUAUGUACUAUUUAUGUUACUCUUUGUAUUCACAAUUGAUCUUUGUUGCUGAUUGGUAUUCGAAUAGCAAACUUCAUGUUUAUAUGGAUGCUGAAGAUGAGAAGACAUAUUGUGGCAACGAACAUGUUUUGCUUAUAAUGAAUCAUUCGUAUGAGAUAGAUUGGCUGGCUGGAUGGAUGUUCACAGAAAAGGUUCGUGUAUUGGGCAAUUGCAAAGCUUAUGCCAAAAAAGUGAUUGCUUAUGUACCCGUAAUCGGCUGGGCAUGGAAAUUUGCAGAGUUUGUCUUCCUCGAACGUUCUUUCGACAAAGAUAGGGAAAUUAUUGCUCGUCAAUUGAAGGAAGUGUAUGCAUAUCCAGAUCCCACUUGGCUCUUGUUAAAUGCUGAGGGUACACGUUUCACGGAGAAAAAACAUGAAGCUUCGGUGAAAUUUGCCCAGGAACGUGGCAUGACCGUGUUGAAACAUCAUUUAAUACCUCGAACAAAAGGUUUUACCGCUAGUUUGGAUAGUUUGCGUGGACGUUGCCCAGCUAUUUAUGAUAUUAACUUGGCUUUCAAAAAAGACGCUGUGAAUCCUCCGACCAUAUCCACACUUCUAAAUGGGAAACCUGUGGAAGGUUUCAUGUUUGUACGCCGCAUCCCAUUGGAACAAGUGCCUGCUGAUGAGGAAAAAGCUGCGGCUUGGCUGCAAAACCUUUUCAUUGAAAAAGACAGAAUUAUUGAUAGUUUCCACUCCACUGGUAGUUUCUUUAAAACAUCGGGAUUCAAAGAAACAGCCUGUAAAGUAUAUCCCAAGCGAUUAUGUUCCCUCAUUAACUUUUUGGCGUGGGCCGUAUUUUCAAUAUCUCUGAUUAUGUAUUACUUAACAUCUUCAUUAAUAUUGAAGAAUUGGAUUGGACUUUCAAUUGCUCUUUCCGUCCUAGUAACAUUUUAUAUAUUCAUGGUAAAAGCUAUUAAUAUGUCAAAAAUUAGCAAAGCAUCAAGUUAUGGAGCUGAUGUUAAAAAAUCAAACUAAUCAUUUUACUGCAUUAAAAUGACUACAUAUUCUUACCCUUAUUCGAUUGAUUUCAGUUGCCUUUCGAAUUUUAAUUAAUGUAGAUGCAUUAAUGAAGGACUUAUUUCUGUACAGAAAUGAUAGACAAAGAAGCACAAACAAACCUUUUUAAUGAAUAUAAUGUACACGUUAGAGAGAUUAUUACGUACAAUUAAAAAGAUAUUAUAAUCGUACAAUUUUCAUGCAGUUAUAUGAAAACAAAAUGCAUAUUUUAAGCCAAAAAUAUAAUUACUUCAACAAAAACUCCAAUUUUAAGUAAAUGCCUAAAAUUCGAAAUUCUUUUGAUUUACCGUAUAUAUGUAACAUCAAUUAUAUUUUUCAUAUUGGUGUGUUGAAGUAGAAAAUAUGUGUUUAGAGAAAUGAGCAAUUAUUAGCAAACCCUAAUUGUUUUUUACCAUAAUCAAUUGGUUGUUCUGAGAUCGUUUGGUUCAUUUUUAUUUUUGAUAUACUUAUUGUUAGCUAGUUGUAACUUUCAAAAUAAACUAAACUCUUAUCCCAGCGGGCCUAUAAAGUUUUCUUAACCAUUUUUGUGUAUAUAUUUUAACAAAGAAAAAAAUAAACAUUUGAACAUGUAUAUUGUAAAAUGUUGAAAUAUGCAUAUUGAUUUUUUUAUGAUAAAUGUUGUCUAUUUCUAAAAUAAACAUUUUUAUUUAUUAAAAAUAACAA